AAUUAAUCCCGAAUUUUUUUUAAAAAUAUUUCAGUCUUCAGUGCCGAACUGCCGAACAUUACCGAUUAGUGAUUAGUGGAUUACGCUUCACUAUAUUUUAGAUUGCUACUAGUUUAGUACUUUGCAGUGCUAUUACAUAUUAGAAAUUGGCUAUUACCUCAUAAGUCAUAACUGUCGGCACUCGGCAGUCCACACUGGCACACUCCACAUACGAUUUCUGAAUCGUGUGCUUAAGAAACUCAUUGGGCCACCGUCGUUUGAUCAAUUAUUUGUUUUGUUGUACAAUUUGUUCGUAAAAUGUGCCGUUGUCUGUUGUCCAAGCGUCAGUUAGUGGCCACCGUCGGCCGCACUUACGACGUUUUAUACAGUCAUAAUCGCCUCCAACGGUUCUACUCUAACAGGAACGUGUUGAAAUUAUACGAACGACAAAUCAUACAAAACAUGUUUCCUGAUAAUUCUAGCAAUGAAAUAAUUGACUUAUUGACAAAGAGAAACCAAUGUGUUUAUGCCGGAUUCGACCCGACAGCGGACAGUUUACAUAUAGGAAACUUACUAGUCAUUAUAAACCUAUUACAUUGGCAGCGUGCCAACCAUAAAGUUAUUGCAUUAAUUGGUGGCGCUACAGCCCAGAUUGGUGAUCCAAGUGGAAAAUCAAAGGAUCGAGAUAAACAGUCUUCACAGAUGUUAUCUCAUAACAUUAAAGGCAUUACCCACAGCUUACAAUCCAUAUUUGACAAUCAUGCAAAAUACUUCUGGAAACAAAAAGAUCCUCUACCAGAGCCAAUAAUAAUUAAUAACAUGGAAUGGUAUAAAGGUAUUGGUGUCAUUGACUUCAUGAACAAUAUUGGUCGACAUUUCAGGAUGGGUACCAUGUUGUCUAGGGACAGUGUUAAGUCUCGUCUAUCUGGUAGUGGGAUGAGUUUUACAGAGUUUACUUACCAGACUUUUCAAGCUUAUGAUUGGCUACAUUUGUUUAAAAAUUACAAAUGUUUAUUUCAAAUAGGAGGAAAUGAUCAAAUGGGUAACAUUAUGUCUGGUCAAGAACUAAUCAGUCGACAAGAAAAUGCUAAAGUUUAUGGACUUACAGUACCCCUAAUAACCACAGACUCUGGGGAUAAGUAUGGUAAAUCGGCUCAAAAUGCUAUAUGGCUGAACUCAGAUCGAACAUCACCUUUUGAACUAUACCAGUUUAUGAUACGUACAAUAGAUGCUGAUGUAGAAAAAUUGUUAAAAAUGUUUACAUUCCUUUCACUACCUGAAAUAGCUGAACUGAUGAGAAGACACAAAGCUACUCCCGAUAAACGAAUUCCUCAUGAAUCAUUAGCACGUCAAGUUACCACAUUGGUGCACGGAGAAGAGGGUCUUAAAGAAGCAAUAGUAGCAACAUCGGCAUUAUAUGACAACAGCAUUGAAACCCUUAGUACAUUAAGUGUUAAUGAUAUUUUAAAAAUAUUUAAUGGUGCAACUGUUGUUGAAUUAAUGCUUGAACCUGGCAUAACUGUACUGAAGAUGGCAAUGAAUGCAAAAUGUUUUUUGACCGAUAAGGAUGCAUAUCGAAUAAUUUCAGCUGGCGGAUUUUAUAUUAACCAUCAAAGAAUAACCAAUAUAGAUGAAAUUGUAACUUUGUCCGUACACAUUUUACCUAAUAAUAUUUCUCUAGUGAGAGUUGGUAAACGGAACUAUUGGAUUGUCAAGUGGAUUAUGUAAAAUGAGAAGUAGAGAUCAAACUUACUGAGAAAAAAAAGAAUUGAUGUUACUAGAUAAUAAAAAUGCAUUUUCGAAAAACAUAAAUAAAUUGUUUAUUUCAAAGUCCUUUCUCAUAAUAUUAAGAUCUUUUAAGUCUUGCGGUACAAAUAAAUAUAUUAAUAAAUAAAAAAAUUAUAAUCAAGUUGUAAAAACAUUUUAGUUACUUGGAAAAUAACUUAAACCGCAUAUUAGACAUAAUCUGCAUCCAUAAAAUUGGAGCACA